UUGAAGUCCACUCGAUUUAGCUAGUCUAACGGUACUUUAACUCGACUAAACAGUUGAAAUCCACUCGCCGAGCUAGUUCCGAGCUCUUUAGUGAAGAUGUCCAAUUUUCUCAUGUCUCAUUCGUAAACAACAGAGUACCCCGAGUCUUUGCUUUCUGUUUAUUCUCUAUCGGGUAUUCCUUUGUGGCCUUCAUAUUCGUUUCGUUUGGACGUUUUUCAUUUUUGUUUCCAACGCUCGCAACGAACAACCAAACCAACGCGAUUGAAGCAGAGACAACAAUCAACCUGAACACCAAUAAGACAAAAGGAGGGAUAAAACCAAUAAAACAACCAGGAAAUUGGGGAAAUUAAAUUGGACACAUUGUUGGACAGGAUUAUUUAAAAAACAAGAUUAUUUCUUUCAUUUCUUCAGGUCCCUGUUGUCAUGACUUCAAGUGAAAGUAGUGAAAGUGGCCUUUUUUAAAGUUUUUCGUUCGUUUCUGAGUGGCCCAACAAGACCACAAACCAAGUUGGCUAUCAGAGCGGUCCACCACAACAAAUAUACUAUGCAAUGUCUCAAGAAAGAUGCAUCAGCAUCUGAAAUUAGAAAAGAAAACGUCAACAGCUCGGUGCAGGCUGCCAGUGGAAGUUUUCCAGAGAAGCUUAAGAUGGAGGCAUGCAAAUUAACAAGCGAGAAUGAUGCUAAUGACAAAACAGAGAAACCUUCAUGCUCGACUCAAACUGUUGCCAGUGAUAUUUUGAGAGUGCCAUCUCCUCCUCCAGAAAUGCGAGCGAAAUAUCGCGACCUUUUGAUGGCCUGUUAUGAACAGGCAGUCUUUUUCAAAGACGAUCUAACUGAGAAAGGACAACGUCUGCAUGCUGCCAAUAUGGCGUGGCAGGAUUUUAUUAUUAUGGCGGAUAACCUAGUGAGGCAAGUGCAGUCCUUUGCCAGCACCUAUGACUUUGAUGAAAAUACUCCCGGCAAUGGUUACCGCAGUUUUAUUUCGGUCGUCGAUUCCUGCAUCGAAUACGGCCUGGGCAUUUGUAAAAACUUGUCUGUUGCCAGGUCAACCAUGUUCUUCCGCAAAAAGACAUAUGUUAAGGAAGUCGAAGCAUGUUCACAGUUGCUGUCGUCCUUGUGUACCUGUCUCAAAUACCUACUUAUUUUGCACGAGUGGUCAAAAGAUAGCGCCGAUCUCUUUGCAUAUGGCCAUCAUUCGGCAGAGGAGCUGUUCGAAAUGGGUGACACUAUAAAUCAGUAUUGCUUUUAUGGAAGAUGUAUGGGCUUCCAAUAUGGCGAUUCGAUACGGGGCGUCCUGCGGUUUAUAUCAAUAAGUAUGGCAGGUUUUUCGGAAACAUUUUAUGCUCAAGAUGUAGAUGGCCCUCUUCUGAAGACGACACGCAGCGUGUGGACAAGUGGCAAAUAUUUGUUGAAUCCUGAAUUGAGAUCGAGAAGAAUAGUGAAUCUCUCUCAAAACGCUAAAAUAGAUUUUUGCAAGUCUUUUUGGUUUUUAGCGGAGUCGGAGUUAAUGCAUAAAAUACCCAGUAUUGUUGGUAGUUCAAUUAAGGUCAAUCAAGUUAUAGAAAUUCCAGCAGAAACCUUGCAGCUGCCAAAGACAAAACGUACGGAAAGAACUAAUGACGAUAUAGAUAACGAUAUUCUGGACAUUCCUGUGCCGUCCAGCCAUUUAGGUCCGGGACUUGUUAUACAAUCGCGUUUACUCAGCGCCCGACGUCGUGAGGGAAUGAUGGGGUUGGGUACAACGCGUGGUUGGCGAAAGUUACCAGCUCGUAGUCCAUCCAUUAUUUUCCAUUGUCACGGUGGUGGAUUCGUAGCACAAUCCUCUAAAUCUCAUGAAUUGUAUUUGCGAGAUUGGGCAGUUGCACUUGAUUGCCCCAUUUUUUCAAUUGACUAUAGUUUGGCACCUGAAGCACCGUUUCCACGGGCCAUUGAGGAAGUGUUUUAUGCCUAUUGUUGGAUGUUGAAAAAUUCUAGUUAUCUUGGCACUACCGCUGAACGCGUUGUUUUAGCUGGGGAUUCAGCCGGUGCCAACUUAUGCAUAGCUCUUGCAUUGAAGUGCAUCCAACAGGGUGUCCGUAAGCCUGAUGGUAUAUUUUUGGCGUACUGUCCAACGCUUAUUAAUUUCGUACCCAGCCCUGCUCGGCUGUUAUGCCUUAUGGACCCGUUAUUACCGUUUGGAUUUAUGAUGAGAUGCCUUAGGGCCUACGCAGCCCCAAGUCCAGAAAUCUUAACAGAAAACUCGAAAAGUGAAGAAUUUAUAAAAGAAAUACGUAAGGCAUCGAAUGAUGAACCGCACUAUAAGCUGAGUCUUGAUAAACCAAACAGUAAAACUAUAUCUGAAGGUACUUCUUCGCAAAAGACAUCUGAUAACCAUAAAUGGGAAGAGAUCAAGAAGGACAAAAUAGAUGUCACAACUCAAUGUGGUAUUGAAGUAGCGCAGGAGGAGAGUGAAGAUAGUUCGGAAAAUACAUUCGCCAGUGCCUCAUAUCUAAGUCAAACUGUCGAGCGAACUGAUUUGCCGUCUACUGGAGAUAAUGAUAAUAGUUCCUGUGUAUCAUUUGAAGACGAUUCAGUACCCAUAGAACACCAUCCAGUAACAACGAAUAAAAAUUCUGAAUCUCAGCAAUACAUAGAUCAUUUCCUUGAUACAUAUAUCGUUGAUACGACAACCGAAGAGGCUAAGGAGGAUGAUGGAUCAAAAAAAUUGCAUGGAAUGCCGGCCAAAACCCUGUCUGAAGAAAAUCUAUUGAUUGACAUUAGUAAAGAUAUGCUGACUUUGGAUAUUCAGGCGAAGUUAAACAAUGCCGUCAACAGCAUCUCAAGCACAAUUGACCGUUACACACAGUCGUAUGAAAUAAAACGCGACGGUAUCUCACAAAAACCCUUGGAGGACUUGAGGAAUAUGGAUGCAUUAAUUGCUCGCUCUCCUAGUGCCGAGUUUGCCUUUCAGAUUCCCAAAGAUCCAUUUUUGUCUCCUUACUACGCACCCGAUGAAUGGCUGGAACAGAUGCCAGCAACUAAAAUUCUCACCUUAGAAAUGGAUCCCUGCCUCGAUGACUGUGUAAUGUUCGCCAAAAAGUUAAAGAAAUUGAAUAGACCCGUCACAUUGGAUAUCUUAAAAGGUUUACCCCAUGGGUUUUUAAAUUUCACUAUGCUCUCUAAUGAAGCCAUGGAAGGUUCAAAAAUAUGUAUUGGACUUUUAAAGCAAUUAAUAAAUGAGGAAGAAAAUGAAAAUGAAGAUAGUACUACAAACGAUCAAACUACUUCAACGGUCAACGCGCCCUUAGAAAGCGCAGAGCAACGCGCCCCUAGUUCCGAUAAUAGUUUAAAAAACUAGCAAAUAUCUACCGUUUUAGCUCCGAAACAUGAAACAACGAAAAUCAUUAUUGUAUUUAUUUAACUUAGAAAAUAGAAGUAUGUUCACUCCUGUGUUUAAAACACAAAAUUACAUAAUGCACUUUCGACACACCCUUUAAAUAAUUUUGAAUUAAAUACCCAUUUUAUAUUUCAUAUUUUCCUUGUUCGUUGUCAUCGAUAUUUAACAUACUGUCAGACAGCAUAAUAAUAUUAAAAAUCAGUAAUGCAAUUCAACCUUUUAUUGCUAAACAUAUGUAUAUCAGUAUUGUUUUUUUCGGUAUAUUUUUAUCAUUUUUGUUUUGUAAUUUUUUUAAAUAAACUCGAUUAUAUGUAAACUAAA